AUGGGUCUAAUCAAAUUCACAAAGCUCAUGAUGCGCUCACCAUCACCCAUCCUCCAUCGAUCCACUGCGCGCAGCAACAACGCCGACAUCUCCACAACCUCAAACCAAAAACCUCAUAAACCAAACCCUCACAACCCCCAAGCUACCAAAAAAAACCUCAAAAUGCCUCCGCAACUACCCCAACCCUCAUCUCAACCCACCCCAAACACCACCACCACCGAAGAACCACCAUCCCCCCUCGCCCUCACCACCCGCCGCACCGAAUCCUACACCACCAUGUCCCGCAACCUCUCCUGGGGCCUCGUCAUCGCCUGCCCCAUCCUCAUCGCCAUGCCCCCACGCAAACUCGACGUCUACACCCUUCUCCUAGGCAGCACGACCGCCCUAAGCGCGAAUCAUCUGCGCACGUUGUACUGGAGUCCUGGUGGUGUUGGCAGUGGUAAUAGUGCAGCGGACGGCGAGAAAAAGACGGGCUGGCUCAGGGGCAUGUUUGAGAAUAGGACGGAGAUGCCGACGGAGAGGGCGCGGCAGGUGCAGGCGCUGAUGAGGGAGCGGUUGGAGCGGGAGAGGGUGGAGAGGGAGAGGGAGAUGGGGGAUGGGGAGGGGGAGAUGGGCGUUGCGGAUCGGAUCAGGUCGUUUGUGGAGGAGGCGUUUGAGGAGAGGGGGAUGGGUGGAGAGGGGAAGGAGAAGGGGGUGAGUGAGGCUGUGAGGAGGGAGGUUGAUGGGUUGAAGAUGCGGAAGAAGGAGGGGGAGUGGAGUGAGGACUGGAAGGAGAGGGAGAAGGCGGCGGAGAAGCUUGCGGAGAAUGCGACGGAUGAGAAGGAGGAGAAGAAAAAGGGCUGGUUAUGGUGAUGAUGGAGGAUCAUGCUCCAUGAGGCAAGGAAUGUACAGUAAAAGGUGGUUUGUAUCAUGUACGGAAGAAAAGCAUAGCACAGGCGUUCAUAUAGUCCACGCUGUACGAUUAGAUUUUAUCCACAGCGCAGGAUCCAAUACAAUUCCUCUCUCCAC